GUAACUGCUCGUCUUUCAACGGUUAUCAUCUCCCCUUCUGUCCAUCGCUCCAUCUUCAACAUCAUUCCGUCGAUUGACCGGAGCUGCUAUUCUGAUUCUCUACAAAUCCACCGGAACUUGAUAAUCUCGUAGCUUUAUUUCUGUAGAUCUGGAUCGGAAGCGGCCGGAGAAUCACUUGUUUUUACAUCGGAGAACUUUGUGGCUUCAUCGACGAUGGAGCAAUCUCCGGAACAGCUGGUUCCUAAGCAAGAUCAGGAUAGCUCUUCUUUGUCGACUUCAGGAGCAGUUUCUGUUCAGAUUGAGGAGGGAGUUUCUGGUAGUGGUGGCAAUAGUGGAGCUGAAGUGGAAGUUAUUAGAGACGAUGCUAUUGCUGGUGGCGGUGGUGGUGCGGUUUCUAAUGGCGGUACCAGUUAUUCAGGGUCUGAUGGCAAGAGUUUGCCUAGAUUGCGUAAAUUACAAUCAGAACUUACAAGUUUUCUAAUAGGAAGUUCUGACAAGCUAGAGUCAUCUUCCAGUCAGUUUAGGCUGGAAAAAUCAAAAACUGAAAGGCCUAGACGAAGUAAUAUGCUUGCGGAAGAGGCACCUCAAUUAUUUGAUGAACAGCUAUCUGCACAACAGAAGCUCACGUUGUUGAACAAAAUUGCUACGGUAAAAAAUGGCACAGUAGAAUUUGAGAUACCUGGAGAUGUCGAACUGAGUGCUUUUGCUGCCGGAGGAGGGAAGGUUUAUGAUGCAUGCGAUGAAGAUCCCCAUGACUCAGCGGAACCGCGGUAUUAUCCACCAUUGCAAGUAGUAAUACUAAUUGUUGGAACUCGUGGUGAUGUGCAACCAUUCAUUGCAAUUGGCAAGCGUUUGCAGGAAUAUGGCCAUCGUGUUAGACUAGCUACUCAUUCAAACUUCAAAGAGUUUGUCUUGACCGCUGGAUUGGAGUUCCAUCCGCUAGGUGGAGAUCCAAAAGUUCUUGCUGAAUACAUGGUUAAGAACAAAGGAUUCUUGCCUUCUGGUCCGUCUGAAAUUCCUGUUCAGAGAAGUCAGAUGAAAGACAUAAUUUUUUCAUUACUCGCGGCAUGCAGAGAGCCUGAUCUUGAUACCGGAAUCCCUUUUAAAGCCGAUGCAAUGAUAGCCAAUCCCCCAGCAUAUGGACAUACACAUGUUGCAGAGUCACUGAAAAUACCCAUUCAUAUAUUCUUUACAAUGCCUUGGACGCCUACUAGUGAAUUUCCUCAUCCUCUAUCCCGUGUCAAGCAACCAGCUGCAUAUCGACUAUCUUAUCAAAUAGUCGACUCUUUGAUUUGGCUUGGAAUUCGGGACAUGAUAAAUGAUGUUAGGAAGAAAAAGUUGAAGCUGCGGCCUGUCACGUAUUUAAGUGGUUCUCAAGGCUCCGAGACUGAUAUUCCACAUGGAUACAUAUGGAGUCCUCAUCUUGUUCCCAAACCAAAAGAUUGGGGACCUAAGGUCGAUGUGGUUGGAUUUUGUUUCCUUGAUCUUGCUUCAAACUAUGAACCUCCUGAAGACCUUGUACGCUGGCUUAAAGCUGGUCCAAAGCCUAUCUACAUUGGGUUUGGUAGCCUUCCAGUUCAAGAGCCUGAGAAAAUGACGCAGACAAUUGUUAAAGCUCUAGAAAUGACCGGACAAAGGGGCAUCAUCAACAAAGGAUGGGGUGGUCUUGGUAACUUGACAGAGCCAAAGGAUUUUGUGUACUCAUUGGACAACAUCCCUCAUGACUGGCUUUUCUUACAAUGUGCAUCUGUGGUGCACCACGGGGGAGCAGGAACUACGGCUGCUGGUCUUAAAGCUGCGUGUCCAACGACAAUCGUACCUUUCUUUGGCGACCAACCCUUUUGGGGAGAACGAGUUCAUAGCAGAGGUGUAGGGCCGCCACCGAUACCAGUCGAUCAGUUUACGCUUACCAAGCUGGUUGACGCUAUUAAAUUCAUGCUAGAUCCCAAGGUGAAGGAGCGAGCCGUGGAGUUGGCGAAGGCGAUGGAAAACGAAGAUGGUGUUGAAGGGGCAGUAAAAGCUUUCUUAAAACAUCUUCCCUGUCAAUUACCUGAUGCAAAACCUCAAACCAAACAUUCAAAAUUACCUCCAACCACCAAACAUUCAGAAUUACCUCCAACCACCAAACCGUCAAAUUCACGGCCACCAAAACCUUCGAGUUCCUUCACUAUAUCCGGUUGUUUCGGUUGUGCCUAGAUUGAUCCCAAUUCUCAACACCAUAUUCAAGCUCCGAGAGAGAGUGUGUGUGUGUGUGUGUGUGUGUGAAUUUCCCGUCACGUAUAGCCUCUCAUUUCAAUGAUGAGAAGUUGUAAUUAUAUAUGCAUUCAUAAAAAAAUUCCGCUCUUGAGAAAACCCCGAUGCCUUUCCUAGCCCGAGUUUUAUUGUUUGUUCGUCUUUUUGCAUUUAUGUAUAUUCGUCUAAUUGUCGUGUGUUUGCUUGUUUUGUACAGUAUUUUGAUUUUUUUGUACGUAACAUAAAAGUUUGGUCGAUUAGCAUAACAUAGGGAUGCCAACAAUCAUACUUUCUAUACCCGUCUCGUUGCCUUCUUUAGAGGUUUUCGACAACUUUCUGUGUGUUAUAUUCAUGGUGUUAUGACAACUUUCUAUGUGUUAUACU